AUGCGGUAUACAUUCUCAGACGAAAAGAAAGCGACGACGACGACGACGUCGCGAGCCAAGUCGCAGGCCCGCCUCUUAAACUCGGCGAGCUACCGCCGAGCAGCUAGAACCACUCUUCGGCACUCAUACGGGAUGGGCAUGUGGCGAGCCGUUGCGCUGCUCGCUUGCCUUUCUGCCACACAUGCCGCACUCUUCACAGAAGGAGGAGCGGUCCAAAAUGGAAAAGAUAACAAAGCCAACAAAUAUGUUGAAUUUGCGCAUGAUGACAAGAUAAAUAAGGAGGACUUGUUGAAGUACUAUGGAAAGGAAGUGGAACAAUACAAAGAUGAUGACAGCUACAUGGAGUACCUCAUUGAGUACAUGAAAAGUCAUCCAGUUCCGGCCCAGUUUCCCAAUUUUGAGCAAGAAGCAGAACAAGAACAUCAGGAUGAGCUCAACCAGUGGCUGGAGCAACUCAUGAAUGAGCAGGAGCUUCUAGAACCAGCCAAUGCCGCUGUCAAGGAUGCUGAACAGAAGGCACCUUUGGCUCCAGUGCAUCACAAGCAAGUUGCUCAGAAACCUGCCCAGGAGCCAUUUGACUUGGAUGAUUUGUUGAGAGGAGAGCUGAUGCUCGAGAAUGAAAUCGCCAAGGAAUCAGAGCUCAAGAAGACCCAGGAGAAGCUGUCCGAGCAGACACCUUCCGCCAAGGCGAACGUCGAGUCGCUCGAAAGUGCGAUGCAGACUGCCACUGGUGAGCCACAGGUACCCCAGAAAAAAGGACAAAACGAGUUCGUCUCGUUUGUGGAACAAGAGCCCCAACCAGCCAAGCAGACCAUCUCUUCUCAAACCGUUGACAAACGCCGUCUUGCUACCUCAGCUGAGUAUUCAGGAAGUGCACCGAGAUACAGUAGCAGCAGCCUUCUGCUUUUAGCAGUCGGAACUGUUAUGUGUGUUGGACUUAUUGGUACCGUCGCCGGAGGAACCUAUUACUACAAGAACAACAGACGUACCGAGACCCCAGAUGAUGGAGAGUACGCUCCAUACGCCGGAACUGGACCAGGAUUCCGUAAGAACAAGGGAAACAAGGGAGAUGAGACUUUGGCCUACAAAGCCCAACUCCACCAGUACCAGCAGGCAAAACAGAAGAUCAUCUGCGGAGAAGAUGCGCCAGGAAUCAUCGAGUCCGACGGAGAAGACGGUGCGGACGAAGAGAACAACUACAGUGUCUACGAGUGCCCGGGUCUUGCUCCAACUGGUGACAUCGAAGUUUGCAACCCGAACUUUGCUGCUCAGCCCUAAAUUCGACGUGGUGCUCGAUGAACAUAUCGGCAACCUCUCCUUUGUAUUUAGCCUCUUUCGAGAAAUCGAAUAAUUAUCAACUACCUUGUAUUCUCAACAAAAAAGUUAAAUGAUAAUAACAAUUGAAACAACAACGUUUUUCUAUUUCAAAAAUAACAUGAUCAGUCUUUUCGACAACAACCAUCAUUUUCAUCAUCUUUUUCAUUCAUUUUUUCAAAGCCACAACAAAAAAAAUACUUAAAAACCCCCUUCAGCCUUAACACCUGAAGGGUUGGAAAACCAAGACAACUUUCUUAAAUUCCUGUUUGUAAAAACUAAGCGUACUGCUUAGUUCUCUUUUCUGUCUUAAAAUUGCUUCCCCUUUCCGUUGUUGAAUCGUUCCCCCCUAUAACCAACAAUUUCGUAGUUUGUGCAUAACACCGGUGAAAAGAGAGAGUACCAUCUAACACAUUUCCACAUUUUUCUAAUCGUUUAUUGUAAACUUUUUCUUCUCCGAAUCAGAAUUCCUAAUUUCAUUUUUGUGAGAUAAAAAAAAGAGAUCCGUUUGUCAACCACCCCAUUCAUCAUCAUUUACCAUCGAUGAGUUCGUUCGCACACCUCGACCCACCGAGUCCACUAUAAAUUUAUCCGAGUGAAAUUUUGGAUAAUAAAUCAUUCAUGUUG